AACGCGUAACUCCGGGAGUGUUUUAGUUGGCCAGCAAUGUGCCGGCAGCUAGCCAUGUAGCUUUUUGUCAAACUCCUGUUUGUCAUUUUGUGUUUACGCUUAAUUAUACUGUUGUCUUUGUGGACAGGGUCGGUUCAAAUGGACAUUUUAAGAGACGACGAAACUCAUGAGCUGAAGUACAAACGCGGGGGGCGUUUGGAUAUGAGCCAUGGCUUUUUGCACCAUAUCCGCAGGAACCAGAUUGCCAGAGAUGAUUAUGACAAGGAGGUGAAGUUAGCCAACGAGCUACAGCGGCGGAAGUGCACCACAACUCCUCGACGCCCACGGAGACCUGACAUUCAGGUUUACCAUCCCCAACGACGGCACGAUUCUGAGCCGGGGGCCAGCGCCGAGGCGGAAGAGUGGAAUGAGAGUGGCUCAAGCACAGAGAUGGAGACGCAGGGAAAUGAACUCUUCUGGCUUGACUAUCAGGCGGACUCGGGGACCAUCACUUCCGUCCUUGUGCACAAGGACGAUACACCAGCAAGGGUGGUAGAACAUGUCACUGAGAAGAACAUCCUGGAUUUAGCUAUGAGGGCAGCCCUGGAAGCCCGCAUUCGAACAGAGAUGGACAAAAGAAGAGAUAAACGCUGAGUGUGAAACCAUACCAGAGUAGUUUCCGACACAAGCGAGGUAGGCAAAGGCCUGCCGGUAACGUAACCAUCCUGAUAAGCAGGAGCGCUGAAGACAGAGCUGGCGUGAGAAAGAACUGGAGUGUUGUAGUUCUGAUAUGCAGAGAUCUGAGCCAAGCUCGAGUUGUGUGAACUGUGUUUCAACAAGGAACCACAGCUAAAAUCAGUGAUGAAGGUUGACCGCUACCAUUCACUCACUAUAUCAAGUCGCCUCAUUGUUUACAUUGAAAAAAAAAAAAAAACAGUAUUCACGUUCAAGCGUUACCUCCAGUCAUCUAAUUUAUUCCUUUACUAUACAUUUAAUACUGGUAAGUUUUCUGUUGACAAGUAUGAUUUAAAAAAAAAAAAAGGUUCUCAAAAACAUGUCCAUGGGCAUACAGCCAGAAAAUGUGAAUGUUCUUGAUGUAUUGAUGUUACAAACCCUGUUUCCAUAUGAGUUGGGAAAUUGUGUUAGAUGUAAAUAUAAACGGAAUACAAUGAUUUGCAAAUCCUUUUCAACCCAUAUUCAAUUGAAUGCACUACAAAAACAAGAUAUUUGAUGUUCAAACUCAUAAAAAAAAAAAAAAAUUCUUUGCAAAUAUUUAACUUACGAUUUCAUGGUUGCAACACGUGCCAAAGUAGUUGGGAAAAGGCAUGUUCCCCACUGUGUUACAUCACCUUUUCUUUUCACAACGCUCAAUUAACGUUUGGGAACUGAGGAAACUAAUUGUUGAAGCUUUGAAAGUGGAAUUCUUUCCCAUUGUUGUUUUAUGUAGAGCUUUAGUCGUUCAACAGUCCCGGGCCUCCGCUGUCGUAUUUUACGCUUCAUAAUGUGCCACACAUUUUCGAUGGGAAACAGGACUGGACUACAGGUGGCCCAGGAAAGUACCCGCACUCUUUUUUUACGAA